UUUUAGCCUAAAAUCUGAUACUGAGGGAAGCUGCUUAACAGGAACAUACAAAGGAACAAUGUGUGCUUCACUUUGUUUGUGCUUUCAGAUGUCACCAGCACAGACACAAAGCAGAGUUUCUGGGAUCCAGCUCCGUGUCCAUGACGAGUGACAUUUCCAGAGAUAAUCCUCCAGUCUUCAGUCAUGAAUUUGGACCCUCAGGCACAAAACAUCAGCAGCACAAACACAGAACACAGUUUCCAGGAUCCAGCUCCAUGUCCAUGAAGAGUGACAUUUCCAGAGAUAAUCCUCCAGUCUUCAGUCAUGAACCUGGACCCUCAGUCACAAAAGUGAAGAACAGGAGUCACCCUUUUAAGGGAAAGCUGGUGUCUUACUGUGCUUUGUGUCAAGAUGUCCUGAGAGAUUCAUCAAGACACCCCUUCUGUCCCCAGUGUGGAGAAAGAUCCAGAAGCAGACCUGGUCUGCAGGCAGCCAAUGAUGGUCUGCAGAAAGUUUCCGAUGCACUAAAGGUCACUCUGAAGAGAAGAUGUGAACGUGUAACUGAAGGACCUGAUAAAACAGGAAGUGGAACUCUCCUCCACAGGAUCUACACUGACCUCUAUAUCAUAGAGGGACAGAAUAAAGAAUUUUGCUUCCAACAUGAGGUGAGGCAGGUGGAGAGCGCUUGUAAGAAGACCCUCUGUGAAACACCAAUCAGCUGUCAGGAAAUCUUUAAAGUGUUACCUGACCAACAAAGACCCAUCAGAGUGGUUCUGACAUAUGGUGUUGCUGGCAUUGGAAAAACCUUCUUGGUGCAGAAGUUCGCUCUGGACUGGGCAGAGGGCUUAGAAAACCAACACAUCAGUGUGGUGGUUCUGCUUUCAUUCAGGGAGCUGAACUUGGUCAGAGAUGAGCAGUACAGUCUGCUGGAGCUGAUCCAUGUUUUCUAUCCAACAUUACAGAGCGUCACAGCAGAGAAGCUCACUGUGUGUAAUCUUUUGUUCAUCUUUGAUGGCCUGGAUGAAAGCAGACUUUUGUUAAAUUUCAACAACAGGAAGCUUGUGUCUGAUGUCACACAGAAGUCAACCAUCAGUGAGCUGCUGACAAAUCUAAUGGAGGGGAAUCUGCUUCCAUCUGCUCUCAUCUGGAUAACUUCCCGACCUGCAGCAGUCAGUCAGAUUCCUCCUAAAUGUGUUGACAGGAUGACAGAAGUUCGAGGCUUCACUGACUCUCAGAAGCAGGAGUACUUCAGGAGAAUAUUCAGAAAUAAAGAGCUAUCAAGCAGAAUCCUUUCCCACCUGAAAACAUCCAGGAGCCUUUACAUUAUGUGUGGGAUCCCAGUCUACUGCUGUAUCACUGCUAGAGUUCUGGAGCACAUGUUGACUACAGAGGAGAGAGCAGAGCUGCCCAAGACCCUGACUGACAUGUACUCACACUUCCUGCUGGUUCAGAUAAAGAAAAAGCACAAGUACCACACGGGACAAGAGAUGAGUUGGCAACAGCUCACCAAUGCUGACAGGGAGGUUCUUCUGAAGCUGGGGAAGCUAGCAUUUGAACAUUUGCAGAAAAAGAACAUCCUGUUUUACAGAGAAGACUUGGAGCAGUGUGGUCUGGAUGUUACAGAGGCCUCGGUGUACUCUGGAGUUUGUACAGAGAUCUUCAAAAGAGAGUCUGUGAUCUUCCAGAAACCAGUUUACUGCUUUGUUCAUCUGAGCAUUCAGGAGUUUCUGGCUGCUGUCUACAUGUUCCACUGUUACACCAACAGGAAGACAGAGGUGCUGCAGAACUUCCUGAGAGAGGACAUCUCAUCUCUAGAAGACUUUCUGAUUACAGUCAUAGAUAAAUUCUUCCUCAUAGAGAGUGGCCACCUGGAACUGUUUGUUCGCUUCCUUCAUGGCCUCUCUCUGAAGUCCAACCAGAGACUCUUAGGAGGUCUGCUGGGUCAGACAGUGAACAGUCCAGAAACGAUCCAGAGAGUCAUCAACAACUUGAAGGAGAUUACAACUUAUGACAAGUGUCCUAACAGAACUAUCAACAUUUUCCAUUGUCUGAUGGAGAUGAAUGAUCUUUCGGUAUAUGAGGAGAUCCAAGACUUCCUGAAGUCACAGAACAAAUCACAGAAGAAACUCUCUGGAAUUCAGUGCUCGGGUCUGGCAUAUAUGUUGCUCAUGUCAGAUGUUUUGGAUGAGUUGGACCUGGUGAACUACAAUACAUCACAGGAGGGACGGCAAAGACUAAUUGCAGCUGUGAAGAACUGCAGAAAGGCUCGACUUCAUGAUGUUUGGCUCUCAGAGAACCACUGUAAAACUCUGACCUCAGCUCUGAUGUCCAACCCCUCCCAUCUGAGAGAGCUGCACCUGAGUUCAAUCAACCUGGAGGAUUCAGCAGAGACACUGUUUGCUAGUCUUGGGCAACCAAACUGCAGAUUGGAGACACUCAGAUUUGAGAAUUGCAGUUUGUCAGAGAUCAGCUGUGCUGCUCUGGUCCGGGCUCUGAAGUCCAACCCCCCCUAUCUGAAACAUGUGGAUCUAAUAGGAGACAACCUACAGGAAUCAGGAAUGAAACAACUGUGUGAUUACCUGGAGAGUCCACACUGUAGACUGGAGACCUUAAGGUCAGUUAACUCCACAACUGAGGAACAAAAUAAAUUUUUUAAAUUUUGUUUAUCAGUGUGACUAUCAUUCAUUCUGAGUCUGCAGAGCAAACAAAGCAAAAGACUAAGGAGCACAUGGUGCACAUUAAACAAUAUUCACAGCAUUUAGAAUCUAAUAAUGCUGAAUUGCACAUUAAAAAAUAUGGUUCAUCAAAAUACAAGCCCGUUCAGAUCCCUGUUGGCAUGCAUUUCACAAGGGCUAUGGUUAUGUGCUGGAAAUGUUAUUUCUAACACAUUCAUAAUAGCAAGCUGCUCACUUCUUACUGGACCCACACCUCCCACAAGUGGCAGAUCAGAAACAGUUUAACACAAAAAGUGAGUUUAUUUCAAAGGCAAAUCCUGCUAGUGGCUUUAUAUAUAGUCCUUUUUAAUAUUAUUUGUUUAGUAUUACUUCUUUUUCUGCAUCUUUUCUGGACAAGGCUGUCAUAUAACAAAGGUUUAACAUUUCAUUUUCCUGCAAGCUUUUCUUGA